UUUAUUUUUAAUUUAUUUCUCCUCCUUUCUUCUUUUUCUUAAUUCAUUUCUCUUUCUUUCUUCUAGGUCGAGAUACGGACGCUGAUCAUUCUCCGCGGGUCGAGGAAGAGAAAACCAAUAAACACGUCCACAGAAAACGAAGGAAAUAAACCAGGGGAAAACAAAACAAAACCAAUAAACAAGAAAAAAAGAAACGAAGAGAGAAAACGCGAAACAAAGAGAGAGAAUAACACCAGAUCACACGCAGAAGGCGACGAAGGAGGACACAGAGGACGUCAGAAUCAGAGGGCGAUGGACGGCUCGAGCAGAGGAAGGGGCGUGAGGUGGCUGGCGGCGGCGGCGGCGACGUGGGCGCUCCUGGUGGCGCUAGCGGGACAGCCUGCCCUUGCCCAGGUGUACCCGGUGCCCAAGCUCGAAGACAUGGCCCACUGGCACCAACUGGGCGCUAAUGAUCUGCAAGAUGCCAUGUUCGCCGCCACCAUGCACGACUGGAGCAUUGCCAAGAACGUGGUGAUUUUCGUGGGCGACGGGAUGGGCAUCACGCCCUCGGUGGCCGGCAGGAUCUACAAGGGCCAGCGACGCGACGGCACGGCAGGGGAGGAAGGGUACCUGGCAUGGGAGCGCUUUCCCAACAUGGGGCUCAUGAAGACAUACGUGCUCGAGACCAGCAGGUGCCCGACAGCUCGCCCCACCGCCACCGCCUACGCUGAUGGAGGCGCGAAGGCGAACAUGUACACCCUGGCGUGGACCACACCGUCUCGCAGGCAGUAUAGAACAAUACGAGAGAUACCCUAUAAGUAUAGAAAGAAAGAAGAGAGGACCACGGGAGGCGAAGAUCAACCACAACUGGAGGAGAUUCGUGGCAUCAAGAUAGAGAGCUCAGGAGAAGCCGACAGACCACGAGCCUAUGAAAUUUACGAAAAUGCCAAAGAAUUUGACUAG